GGACUCUCUGAGAAGGACAUGAGGCAGGACGUGGGGCUUUGUGUCCGUCUGUCUGCCCCAGGACCUCACGCCUUCCUCCUGCUGAUUCCAGUGGAGCCGUCUGAAGGGGAGGAGAGGAGGAUGCUGGAGAAAAUGGAGGAUAUUUUUGGGGAGGGCUGUUGGGGACACACACUGAUCCUCUUCACCCAUGCUGAGGGGCUGAGAGAGAGGAGUGUGGAGGAGUUGCUCCAGACAGGGAGCCAGGAGCUCCAGCAGCUGGUAGAGAAAUGUGGCAACAGGUGUCACCUUCUCAACGUUAAGGACAGGCCUGAUGACACUAAGAUCACACAGCUGCUAGAGAAGAUAGAAGAGAUGGUGUCAAGAAACAGAGAGCAAUUCUAUAGCAGUGAGACCUACCAAGAGGCAGAGAGACAACUCAGAGAGUUAAGGAUGCAGAGCAAACAAGAGGUGGAGGAGAGGAAACUGAGGGAGGAAAGAAAGAAGAGAGAGGAACUUGACAAACGCAUACAGGAGUCUCUGAGGAAGAUGGAGGGAGAGAUUCAGCAGCAUGAAGUAGAAAUUAAAACGAUUAAUCUAAGGGCAACAGAACUGGAGAGAAAAAUGAUAGAGGAGAGGGAUGAGGAGAAGAAAGGAGAGGUGGAGAGGAAAUUAAAGCAUGAGAUUUCCCUGAGAGAGGAGAUGGAGAGAAAACUAAAUAGUUUGGCAGAAAAGAGGAGAGAGAUGGAAGAGAGACACAGAGAGGAAAUGGAGGAAAUGAGAGAGAGCUAUGAGAGAGAGGCCAGGGCUGAAGCAGAGAGAAACCUCAUGAAGAUCAUCCUAACUGCCUGGCAAAGACAUAAUAGCAUCACUCAGCUGAAGAUGGAAGCAGAGUUCAACAGACAAAACGAGCAGAAGAAUGAUGUGAUUGUGCUUUGGGAGCUCAGAGAGAGGGUUGCAAUGUUGGAGAAACUGUCACAUGCAAAAGAUGAGCAGAAAGGAAUGAAUGAGGUUGACAUACUUUUGCAAGAGCAAAAGAGAGAGAUAGAGAGAAUGAAACAGAUGUUGGAGGAGAAGGACAGAGAAAUGGAGAGAAUGACUCUCAAACCUAGAAGAGAGGGAAGUCUGACAGAGAAGGAGCGACUGAAACGGAUUACUCUGAAGCUGAACAGAGAGAUGGAGAAGCUGAGGCAGGAUGUCAGCAAUCUGAGCCACACCCAGUCUCUGCUGAGAGAAGAGUGUGAGAGGGACUGAGCAGCAAUCUGAGCCACACCCAGUCUCUGCUGAGAGAAGAGUGUGAGAGGGACUGAGCA